AGUGCGAUAACAACGUUAAGGUUACGAGGUUACGUGACUGCUCUGGAUUGUAACACAGGCGUAAUCUCGUCUGCUAGAUCUAGCUACCCGACUAUGACUUAAAUCACGACUAAAUAGAUCUAUCUGAAUCACGAGCAGUGGGGAGAAGGUUUUUGAAGAACUGAAUGUGUAACAUCAAGGGAGGUAGCCGAUGUCAGCUUCAAAAUUUCUAUAAUUUGGAUUACAUUCCUUGAGUAAAAAUGGAGAUUCCCAAAAUAUUGAAUGCGACUGGAUUUUCCAAUGCUACAAAAAUUGUUACGGAAUAUUUGACUCCAAGCUUUCUCAGAACUGAACGACCUUUGUUACAAAUUAUUUGGGACCUACGUUUGGGUUACGAGCCCUACCUGGCGUCGCCUCUGUUCCCCGUGUUUCUUUCAGUCAUCUUCUACUUUGCCCUGUGUUUACCUUUUAUGCUUUUUGAUAUCUUCUGCAAGAAGCAAGUCUGGUACCGGAAGUACAAGAUACAGAUAGACAAAGAGGUGACCAAAGAACACAUUUAUGACACACUCAACUUAACUUUCUGGAACCACGUCUUGUUCGUUAUGCCAGGGGCCGUUGCCCAAUGGAUCUGGACUCCUGUCACACCUUUGCCGGAUGAAGCACCCAGUAUGUUUGAGUUCUGCUGGCAUCAGUUGGCGGCUCUGGUCGUCUUUGAUCUGCAGUAUUAUGUCUGGCACAUGAGUCAUCAUAAAAUACGCUUUUUGUACAAACAUAUUCACGCUGUCCAUCACCGUUACAGCAGUCCGUUUGUCUGGGUCACUCAGUAUCUGCAUCCCUGGGAGCUGGUAACUGUUGGCUUCUUGACCACCACCAACACCUGGUUCUUCAACUCACAUCCACUGACUGUAUGGAGCUACAUGUUGGUCAGUAUCAUUGUCAGUGUCGAGGCUCACAUCGGCUUCGACUUCCCCUUCCUUCUGCACAACCUUGACCCGACUGGCAACAUUGGAGGCUCUCCGAAACACGACAUGCACCACCAGAAGCCGCUGACCAACUACCAACCGUUCUUCAACCACUGGGACAAAAUGUUUGGCUCCUACUGCCCUCCCAUGAGUGGCGGUGGUAUCAAGAGUCAGGCCUUGCUGGACUACGAAAAACGCGCCAAACAGUGCAAGAAAAAUAUUUAAAUAACGGCUGCGGAGUUAUCCGUCACGGUUAUCUACCCUGGAAAAUUUUACUCAAAAUGAAGCCAGUUAUUUGGCGGAAAAAAUUUUUGAAAGGGUUUAUAUCUGGAUUUUUAAAAAAAAACGAAACAAUUCUAUUAAAGAUAAGGUUAAUAACCUUUCCAACAGCAAGAAAGUGCCCUUCAAAAGAAUGUUAUAACAUUAUUUCUAAAGGUACAACUGAUACAGUUUUUACACCACCUUCAAAGACUCAAAUCUUCUGCAUUUUUACCAGUGUAAUGUGCAAAACAUAUUCUUUAAUAAUUUUACCAUAAGAAUAUCUUUAAAUUAAAAAAUAUAUAAUUUUUUUUUCUACCAAUAUAUUUUUUGGCAGUAGGAACUACACGACUAUAAAAGAUUAUCUAGCACAGGGAAACCAUGGCUUUCCUGGCUUAGUCGUAUAAUUAAACCUGUUAAAUUUUAAAGUCUCCCCCUCACGUUCAAAAGAAAAAAAAAAAGAAGUUCCACUUUCUCCAUCAAAAACUCUUCCAGUCCAUGUCAAUAUCCUUAAGCAUUGCUAGCUCCGUCAUCCAAUCAGGGAUAUGCCACUGCCUUAUGACGUUACAGCUAUCAACUGCUGUAACUGAUGGGCCCUCGAAAGUGGCUUGACUAUACCCUUGCUUAGAUUUCACCAUAUCUUCUCCUUGUGCCUAUGUGUUUCAAUGUAUACUGAGACACCGAUGU